GUAGGUAGGAUCAGCCAGGUGUGAGGGCAUGUCCUACUCAAGGCUUAUGCAAGAGCACAGUACUUUGUAGAGUGGAUCAUGUGCUCUCCAAACGUGGUCUUCCUGUAUGUUCUUCGCGAUCGAUCGGGGCUCUGCUCAACCCGACUAAAGACUAUAACGAUGUUGUUUUAGUUAGUGACGACGUGGGCAAAUUUGUUUAAAUGAAAACAUUAAGAUGGUUAUUUAAUUUGUGAUGAUUGACUAUCGUAUAACAAUACAGAUGGCCCCACAAGUUAAAGUUGUUAUUGUAGGAGGUGGGAUCAAUGGAUUUAGCUGUGGUGUCAACAUUCUUGAAUCGCUGCCUAAUGUGGAAGCUACAAUUGUUUCCGAGUUGUUUACUCCUGACACAACGGGGGACAAGGCAGCAGGAUUAUGCCUCCCUCUUGGGGUGUCAGACACACCAAUAGAAUUAAUUGCGAAAUGGACCAAGGCUACCUUGGAAUUUUGUAGGAGUUUGGCAAACACUGGGGAAGCAGCUACAGCUGGUGUGUUUCCACAUUCAGGGUUCUACCUUGGGGAUGCUACCUGUUCAAAUUUAAAAGACAUAUUCCUUACACAUCAGACGUUAAGCAAAGACGAGAUAAGGAAGAUAAUGCCCUCGAACAAAAGUGAAUCUGCUUUUAUUACUACCUAUGUGUUGGAGGGCAAACUGUUUCUAGCAUGGCUUACACAGAGGUUCCUGAAAUACAGAGGAAAAACAGAAAGGCGUAAAGUAAUGUCGCUUAGUGAGUUUGUAGGUAAAUAUGAUGUCAUCAUUAACUGCGCAGGACUUGGAUCUAAGGAACUGGUUAGUGAUAGUGAAGUGUACCCAGUACGAGGUCAAGUUAUAAAGGUCAAAGCACCAUUCGUCAAACAUUUUUAUAUAGAUAUGAGUGAGAUGACUUACAUUAUUCCUACAUCAGAGGUCGUGACAAUUGGCGGAACUUAUCAAAAAGGAAAUUACGAUGAAGAAGUAGAUAUGUUGACUAAGAAAAAGUUAAUGGAAGAAGCUUGUCAGCUGGUUCCGAGUCUAAAAAAUUCAGAGUUUAUAGAAGACUGGGUUGGUUUUCGGCCAGGAAGGACACGUUUACGUCUUGAGAAAGAAAUGAUGCAAUUUAAUGGCAAAACAAUUCCUGUAAUUCACAACUAUGGACACAGUGGAGCUGGUCUGACCCUGUGCUGGGGGUGUGCCACCGAUGUUGUAGAGCUACUCAAACAGGAUCGCCACCUUGCCAAGUUCAGCUCCAAGUUGUAGGUGGGUGGCCAACAAUGGAUGUAUAUUUAAUCAGAUGAAACCAUCAUCCUGAUAAAUUCACACUACGCAUGGUUUUGAAUAAAACAAGGUCUCGUAGAUAAGGGCAGUAUAAGAGAGGCAUAGAGGUAGAGUAUGCCCUAAUGGCCGCCCAUACAAAAAAGAUGUAUUAGUCAAUCAGCAAAAAAGAUCAAUCAGCCGGGUAUUCCUAGAGCUCCUUGUCGAAGCUAAAAAAAAUCUAUUAAUCAAUCAGCCAAGUGUUUCUAGAGCUUUUCAUUAGAGCUAAUGAUGAUGGCUACCCAUACAAAAAUGAUCUAUUAAGCAGUCAGCACAAAAAAAGAUUCUAUUAAUCAAACAGCCGGGUAUUCCUAGAGCUUUUCAUUGGAGUUAAAAACAACUUUCUGUUGCCAAAGCCCAACCAUCCUAAAAAUCUCGGGCAUAGAUUUUGCCAAGGUGAAGUCUCAUACUAGACGUACAGUCGAAAAUUGAUCCUGAUUUACAAAUGUCAAUGUUUGUUGGUAUGCUGUACUAGUCCCCAAGGAGUGGAAGAGGUGGUACAUUGUGCUAUAUGCAGUAGAACCCCUCUUAAGGGGACACCUUUGGAACCAAAAUAAAGUGUCCCCUUAAUAGGGGUGUCCCCUGAAUAGGAGUAUUUCCCUAUUCAGGGGAGACUAACUAAAAAUGUGAAAUUGACCUCUUAAGGGUUUUUGGCAUGUUUUCAUACGAUGACAUACAUUUUUUAUAAUUUUAUUUUUAUUGACAUAAGAAUCAGUUACAGUUAGCCUUUGAACUAAUUUAUAGCAGUAAUUUGCAAUGCAAAUAAAAUUCAGUUACUUAAUAUGAAAUCAGCAGAAGUGUAUUAAAACAAUAGUUUUAUGUGUUUAAUAUUGCACUUUCUGUUGGAUGGAUGUAUCAUGAAUAGAGUAACAUGUUAUUACUAGAAGACUGGGUUAGUGAAGCUACAGUACCUGUACUGUAUAUGGAAAAAACCUUAAUGCAAAUUAACUAUAUUAAUAAGAUAAUACUAUAGAUAUAUUUUAUUACAGUAUAUUUAAAUAGGUAUGUGGAUUAGAUCAUUUUAUUUUUGUCUUUUACUACAGAUAUUUGCAUGGUAUUCAUGAGGGUACUGUUUAAAAUGUGUUGGACCAAUUUUUUUUUUUUUGUAAUUGAAAGGUUUUUAUCCAUUGAACUUCAUUCUUAUAAUGUUGGUAAAUAUCAGUACUAAUUUCAUAGGCAGAGAUAAUGUAUUAACUAUAUUCAUUAAUUAAUUAAAUACUGUAGUAUAAUUCCAUAUAUUGUACAGUACAAUAAAUUAAUAUAUGACUAAAGUAAACUUGUUGACUUGGGUAGUGUACUGUAUAUAAAUAAUAUUAGUUUCCUCCAUAAUUUAUUUAUAAUUCAUAAUGAUAGUACUUUAUCCAGUACAGUUUAUCAUCAGGGAACUCAUGUGAAUUAAAUAUACAUAACUCAAUAAAAUGAAUUACAAAGCAAAACUUAGGUUGGUUUUAAUAUUCUUUAUUACAGCAUUCUGUUGAAAUGAGUUGGCAAUUAUUGGUUUAUUUAUUCUUACAUAGCACUGGUAUCAUAAAGCUAGUGGUCCUCCAGAUCCUUGGUCAUUCUGAUUCAUAGCACAUGUGCCGCUACAAGCCUGAACUGUAAACCCAUAAUCCUUUGACCGGAAGACCAUAAACAUAGCAUCACAAACAACAUACAUUAUAAACAAUUACUUUCCUUAAACAUAGUACAAGCAUCCAUGUUCCUAAAUAAUUACGAAGAUGAGGUUGAUGUGUUAUUUACAAUAGCUUGUCAUUUUGAAACCUGUCAGAAAAAGACAUUCCAGAAAUCCAUAUGAAGCUUAAUUUUCUGUCUGUACCUUAAAUAUUGCCAAAAAAAAUUAUCGUUCUACCAAAAGCAUAAACUAAUUUACGACCCUUAAAUAACAUAAAUUGCAACCAAGAUGUAACCAGACUACUGUAUAUUAAAAAUCAAGACAUUGCUUUAAGUCCUUUAUUCAUGCUCUAAUUCUAAUACAUAUUUUUCUUUUUCAAACUGAAUACUGUAUUUCAUAUGAAAAACAUAUUGCAUGAAAUUUAGCAGUAAAUAUUUUAAUAAUAAUUCAUCAUUCCUACAAAAUUGGCCUCAUCUUAUAUUUUUAUCUAUAGUAAAGUACUGUAUAAAAUACUCAACCUUUCAUCAGUGUAUGCUUGUUUCAGAUAUAAGCGAGGUGUGACCAAAUGACUUGGGUUUCAAUGUUUCUGAUAAGUUUAAUACAGUAUAUUUCAUAGUAGCAUAGGAUAAAUAACACAAAAUUUAUCUUUAACGGUGAUUUUCUUUAAAGUAUCUGAAAUUAAAAAUGUUCUUACUCCAGUUGUACCAGAGGAUCUAGAUUCAAAGGCCAAAAUAAAGCUUAUAUAGUUAUCUAUCUAAACAUAAAUAACUCAUUUUUCAUUUUCUGUACCACAAAAUUUGCCACAAUGGCUCACUUGUGUUAACAAACCAAGGCAAUUCAACAAAAGGACGCACAUCUUGGGACAUCAAAGGUUGAUGUAUAACUCUGGCAUCGACAUUCUAGGCGCCGCGCUUCCCUACACACUGAACGUCACAAUAAUUAACCAUCAGCAUGUGACGAAUUACCCACGCGCGUGUUAGUUGCUAUGAUAAUCACGUGGUGCAGUGCCUACAAAGGCCUAAUUAUAUUUUGACUGAAAUUAUAUUCUUCAUCUCAACAUUAAUUUUACCGAUGUUGUGGUGUAUUGUUGUUUAUGAGACUCCCUUCGCAGAAAAAAAAAAAAA